AUGCGUGCUGUGCCAAUUCUUCUUUUGGCUGUCGCCAGCUUGACCUCGGCUGGCGUCCUGCCUAGGGAGCCUGUUGCCGACUUCGACGUCGUUAUUCGAGGCCACGAUGAUGGUGUGUCUCCCACGACUAUUCCGUGUGAGACUACGACUACCCCAGAGAUGACUCCUACCACUACUCCGUGCGAGACUACUACACCCGUCGUGACUCCCACGACUACUCCAUGCGAGACCACCACUACCCCAGAGGUGACUCCCACGACUACUCCGUGCGAGACUACUACUCCCGUCGUGACUCCUACGACUACUCCAUGCGAGACCACCACUACCCCAGAGGUGACUCCCACGACUACUCCGUGCGAGACUACUACUCCCGUCGUGACUCCUACGACUACUCCAUGCGAGACCACCACUACUCCAGAGGUGACUCCCACGACUACUCCGUGCGAGACUACUACUCCCGUCGUGACUCCUACGACUACUCCAUGCGAGACCACCACUACUCCAGAGGUGACUCCCACGACUACUCCAUGCGAAACCACCACUACUCCAGAGGUGACUUCCACAACUACUCCGUGUGAGACCACCACUACUCCAGAGGUGACUCCCACGACUACCCCGUGUGAGACUACAACUACCCCAGAGAUGACUCCUACCACUACUCCGUGCGAGACUACCACUCCUGUCGUGACCCCCACGACUACUCCUUGCGAGACGUCUACGACGCCAGUGGUGGCUCCGACCACUACUCCGUGUGAAACAACUACAACCCCGGUUGAGACCCCCACUACCACUCCAUGCGAGACUUCUACGCCUUCGUCUCCUUCGACGUCAACUUCGACUCCAUGCGAAACCUCUACUGUCCCGACCUCGCCUCCGGCAACCACCACCACACCGUGUGAGACGACUACACCGACAGCACCUCCAGCGACCUCAACGCCAUGCGAAACCGAGACCGUUACUACCGCACCUCCCACUACAAUCACCACUACUUUCACCACCACUACUUGCCCUGUCACUUGGAGCACAAUCACUAGCGGCUCAACUAUCAUUACCACUCCUGUGACCCACACCAGUACUUUGACCGUCACCUCCGUAGUAACUUGCCACGAGUGUGCCCUGUCCACGACUGUGCCUUUGCAGCCUCUUCCUGGGACCACUGUCAUUGAAAGCAGCACGAGUACUGUCGUUGUUGUUCCCAGUGUUUCCAACACGGUCAUCGUUCCCGGAACAACUGUCAUUGAAAGCAGCACAAGUACUGUCGUUCCUGUUCCCAAUGGCUCUAGCACGAUCAUCGUACCCGGAACUACCGCACCAGCUCCUGAAGGGACUUCAGCCGUUCCUGCACCAGCCUCAUCUGCCGCCGCCUCUUCCAGCAUCCCGCCUGCGCCUUCUCAGACUCCCCAAUUCAAUGGUGCCUCAUCUCAGUACAAGAUGUCUUUAGCGGGUCUCAUCCCCGGUCUUGCUAUCAUCUUUGCUCUGUUUUAG